AUGGGCCUCACAAAGUCUCGGCGCAUGCAGAUCAUGCUUGUCAUAGAUGCUAUAUUCUUUGUGUGGCAACGCGCCGAAACCAUAGGUGCACUGUUCAACGGCAUCUUCCUCCUUGCGCUGUGCGUGACAAUAUUCCUAGAUGCAAUACAGCGCUUUGUAGAGCCUCAACAAGUCCAGAGGCCGCUCCUGGUCCUCAUUGUGGGGUGUAUUGGACUUGUGGCCAACAUCGGUGGCAUGUACUUAUUUCACGAUCACGGUCAUGGACAUGGGCACACACAUGAGGAGGGUUCAAGUCAUACGCAUGGAUCUGAUCCGCUGGCCACAGCAGAGGAAGGCCAACACACCAAAGCAGUAGGGGGCCGUACAAAAGUGAUAUCAGACGAGAGCGGCAACGUAGCCGACGUCCUUCCUCAGUCGAUAGUCGGUGGCUGGCCAAAGUCGGACAGCUUGAAGCAAGCAUCAAAAGAGAGCACGUCGAGCGCCAAAGAUCGCAAGAGCAAAGACUUCGGUUCCAACGACGAGGAAGACUCAACACUGGCCCCAGACCAGUCAAGUUCUCCUAUAUCGCUCCCUAAUUCAAGUCCCAGCAAGCGCCGGCACACUCGCAGUGGAUCACGCAGCAUGUUCGCGAGUGUGGACGACAUUCAUCCUCAUCCGGCCUCUUUCAGGAAAGAAAUAAUUGCUGCUGCAGGAAGAUUUGAUGAGGAGACAAGUUCUGGAUCCUCUGCUUGUAAGGUAGAUGGUGAACAUGACGCUGCAGAGAAUACGCCUCUACUUGGUCAGACUCAGAGUAAUGGAUCGGCGAAGAAAUCGCGCAAAGGACCGAGUUGGUUGCGGAACUCGGACGAGGCGCAUGAAGGACAUCAUCACUGCAAAUCAAGAGACAAGCCAGACGGUCAUGGUCAUUCCCACAGUGAUCUCAACAUGCGGGGCGUUCUACUUCAUGUGAUAGGUGACGCACUGGGCAACGUUGGUGUGAUCAUAUCCGCUUUAAUAAUCUGGCUCUCGAGUGGUUCCUGGCGCUUCUAUUCUGACCCAGUCAUGUCACUGAUCAUCACCGCCAUCAUCCUUACCUCCGCCAUUCCUCUUUGCAAAGCUACCACGCGAAUCCUACUCCAAGCAGUACCGUCUCACAUUAAUGUAGACGAGAUCAAAGAAGACAUUGAGGAUCUAGAAGGCAUCGUCAAUUGCCAUCAUCUUCAUGUUUGGCAAUUGAGUGACGUCAAAGUGGUUGCCUCCGUACAUGUUCUGGUGGACUUCGACUUUGAGGAAGGAGGGAAGGCCAGGUACAUGAAACUGGCACGAGCAGUGCGGAGAUGCCUGCACGAAUUUGGCAUCCAUUCCUCGACUAUUCAAACCGAAUUCGAUAUCAAAAAAAGCCAUCGACACACUCCAGCAACAGAACAAGACGGCGCAAUUUCAGGCAAUGGACAUGCAGAGCCUGGCCAGAGCAGCAAAAAAGGAAGCAGAGUACCCAGCCUCGCAACACCCCUCACUAAUUUACUAUGGUAUUGCGCAAUUGCCACCCCACGAUGGAUUUCAACACUCCUAUUUUCACUUCCAACUCACAUCACCUCCACCUCCGUCGCAAAACAUCAUCUCCGGCAGUCCAUGAUGGGCGACGCACCUGUAAGGACCGAAGAGCUCCUCAUCCUCAUCCCAGGCAAAGAGCCCACAACAGUCACCGCGCGCAUCCGCAAUGAACAUCCUCAUAUCAAAGUCAAGUUUCACGAAUUGAAGAGUUGGUCGCCCAACAUUGCGGACCAUGACAUCGAUCCUUCACUCUUCAAAACAACAACCCUCCUCGUAAUCGCCACCUUCCUCCCGCCCCCCGAUUGGGCGCCUCACCUCCGCCUCGUCCACACCCUCCUCGCCGGCGUCGACCGCCUCGUCACCCACCCCCUCUUCACAGACACCGAUAUCGUCUUCACCUCCUCCUCCGGCGUCGCGGCCCCGCAGAUCGCUGAAUGGGUCCUUGGGUAUGGGAGUAUUGGACGGCAGUGCGCGAGACUGGCGAAGGCGGCGGGGAUGAGGGUCGUGGUGUUCACGGCUCGGCUGAGGGAUAGUGAGGAGGAGAGGAUGGAGAGGGGGAAGUGGGUUGUUCCUGGUACGGGGGACUGGGAGGGCAAGAUUCCCGAUUUGUGGUUGAGUAAUGCCAGCGAAGGCGGGCUUGAGGGGUUCUUGAAAGAGGGGCUGGAUUGGUUGGUCAUUACCCUGCCGCUGACCCCGAAGACGGAGGGGUUGGUCGGGAAGGAGGAGUUGGGGGUGUUGAGUAAGGAGGGAGGAGGCAGGGGCGCGUUCGUGAGUAAUAUUAGUAGGGGGAAGAUUCUUGAUCAGAAGGCUUUGGUGGAGGGGCUGAAGAAGUGGGAGGGGAGUGUAGGUAAGGAGGGACUGAGGGGGGCGGCGCUCGAUGUUGCGGAUCCGGAGCCUCUGCCGGAGGGGGAUGAGUUGUGGGUUGCGCCGAAUUGUUUGAUCAGUCCACAUGUGAGUGGGGAGGCGAAGGGGUAUGUGGGAGGCGCAAUGGCGGUUUUUGAGGAGAAUUUGAGACGCGAGGAUAGGGGGAGAAGGUGCUGA